UCUUCCUCUUCCCCUCCCUUUUCGGCAUGCAAACCCUCUCGUAGCCAUAAUCUUUCCGGUGCCUUCCCGAACUCGGGGGCAAUCCCCUCUAUCUCUACGUCGAUUUCGAUCGGUCUAUAGAUUUUGGUCGGUGGAGCAGAGCCCGAUCUGAUCCGGCGGCGGUCUGCUGUUAGCGAGAGCGAUGGAGGACGAAGAUAAUGGGGCGGCAGUGGCGGAGGCAGCGGGGGCCGAGACGGUGGCAGUGGUGGAGAAGCUGGUGGAGGCGGUGGAAGAGAUCCCGGCUGUCUCCGACUACCGAAACGCGUACGAGAAGCAGUUCUGUAACCUGGCGCGGCGGAUCAAGCUGCCGCCGCCCAUGCUGGAGGAGCUCAAGGAGAGAAAGGACCCCGUCCCCGAUCGGGCGGCACGGUCGCUGUCCCCGCUCAAGCGCGCUCUCGACUCGGCCAAGGAGCUCCUCCGGCUGGGGAGCGAAGGGAGCAAGAUCUUCCUGGUUCUGGAGAGGGAUUGAAUAAUGAAAAAGUUCCUGGAAGUUACUGCUCAACUGGAACAAGUGUUGCGUGAGAUUUCCUUGGAUGAGUUUGACAUAUCAAAUGAAGUUAGAGAACAGGUUGAACUUGUCCAUACUCAGUUCAAAAGGGCCAAAGAACAGUUUGAGACACCUGAUGAUGAGCUUUACAAUGAUGUUUUAUCUGUUUACAGUAUGAGCAGUGAUGCUAAUGUGAAACCAGCUGUCCUAAGGAGAUUAGCAGAAAGGUUACAGCUAAUGACCAUAUCUGAUCUCAAAGAAGAAUCACUUGCAUUGCAUGAAAUUGUUGUUGCCAAUGGUGGAGAUCCCCAAGUGAUCAUCGAAAAGUUGUCAAUGCUAUUGAAGAUUAUUAAAGAUUUCGUGCAGACUCAGAAUGCAGAAAUAGGAAUAGCAGCAGAUCUCAAGGUUCUUCCCUCCAAUGAGAAGUCCAAAAUUCCUGUCACUCCAGAUGAUUUUCGCUGCCCCAUAUCAUUGGAGCUGAUGAAAGAUCCAGUAACUGUGGCCGCCGGGCAGACUUAUGACCAGCGAUGCAUUGAGAAAUGGCUGGAGGCUGGCCAUGAUACAUGCCCGAAGAAGCAGCAGAAGCUCCCCAACACAUCCUUAACCCCAAACUAUGUCCUCUGCAGCUUCAUAGCUCAGUGGUGCGAGGUCAAUGGCAUGGAUCCACCUAAGCGCUCCGCUCAGCCUGCUUUGGGUGAAUGUGCCAAAAUUAUUGAACUUCUCUGUAAAUUAUCUUCCCAAAACAUUGAAGACCAAAGAUUAGCUGCCGGCGAGCUUCGCCUCCUUGCCAAGCAUGCUGACAACUGCAUCUGUAUAGCUGAGGCCAGGGCUAUAUCUCUUCUUGUGAGUUUACCAUCUACAUUUGAUGCAUGGACCCAGGAGCAUGCAGUUACUGCUCCUAACCUCUCCAUCUGCGAGGAGAACAAGGGGAAAAUAAUCUCCUCAGGGACUGUGCCCGAAAUAGUUCACGUGUUAAAGAGGGGCAGCAUGGAAGCAUGGGAGAAUGCUGCAGCCACCCUCUUCACUUCAGUUGUUGAUGAGAAUGAGGUAAUAAUUGUGGCUUCUGGGGCAAUCCCACCCCUUGUUAUGCUGUUAAGUGAUGGCAGCCAACGAGGGAAGAAGGAUGCAGCAACAGCACUCUUCAACUUGGUCAUAUACCAAGAUAACAAGGGAAAGUCAGUGAGCGCUCGCGUGGUUCCAACACCCAUGGGACUAUUGACAGAGCCAGGAGGAAUGGUGAAUGAGGCACUUGCUAUGUUGGCCAUCCUGUCAAGCCAUCUUGAGGGGAAUUUGGCAAUUGGGGCUGAUGAGGCAGUGCCCGUGCUGGUGGAGGUUAUAAGAAGUGGGUCACCUAGGAACAAAGAGAAUGCCGCAGCUGUUCUGGUGCACCAUUGUAAUGGGGAGCAGCAGCAGCAGCAUUUGGCUGAGGCAUGGGACUGCAGGGUGAUGGGUCCAUUGGAGGAACUGGCACAGAGUGGCACAGACGGGGGUAAAAGAAAAGCAGCACAGUUGCUUCAGUGCAUGAACAGGUUCCUGGAACAGCAAAAGCAAGCUCAUGCUCAGGCUCAGUCCCAGGCACGGGGACAGGCACAGACUCGAGCGGAGCAGUCAAGGUCUCCAUCUUUGGCGGCCUUUCUUGAUAGAUAAGGUAUUUUAUUGCUGGCUUGUUUGUUGUGGUGAAAAGGGUGGUUGUUUUGAUUUGGACGCUGGGAGGUGGAAGAUCACCUGCCAGUCUGAUUUGUUAAGUUAUGCUUUCUUGUAAUGUUUGAGCUGGGGAGGGUAACUUUAUAGAGCCUUCAAGAGUAAGGAAAUGGAAGGAUAACGAGUCUUGAAGAGUCAGCCAUGGAAUGUACUAUGUCCAUGUUGUAAGGUAGCAUCCUUGUUUUUUAUGGAGAAAAUGCCUCCGAUUUUGCCAAAUUGGGAUCCGGAUCUAAGGUUUCACCAAAUGUCUAUUUAAGGAAUACUGAUGAAAGCUUUUAGAUAUGAGAGUUACUUUGAUUCUUUUAUAUAUGAGAGUUACUUUGAUUCUUUUA